AUGUCCACCUAUCACUUGGCCCAAGUCAUCUAUGGCCAAACACAAAACCAGAAAUGUGUUUUAACCGGGAUUCGUUUUGAUAACGUCUCGAAAACGGAGAAAGAUGCGUUGAUAAAGGAAACUGGCGAGCUUUACAACUCUAGAAACCUGAAUGAACUAAUUGUAAAGUCUCAUAUGGCUGGAAGGCACAUGCAAGUAUGUUUUUUUGUACAUUUUUUUCAUAUUCAGGCUGUUCUUUUGAGGUAAAAUGAUCUUUUCAAAUUGUUUUAGGACGUUGGUUUGAUGGAGAGAUGUGCUACGCUAAUUGAAAAGACUCCAGGCCUAACGAACGGUUAUAAUGUCAGAUUUAUUGUCAAAGAGCCUAAGAAGGUGGUAGCUGGUGUGAAAAUGGGUGUAACUUCAACAGGAACUGUGGAUGGAAGUCUAACGGCAUCUAAAGGGGUAAGUUAAUAUUAUUUUUUCUUUUUUUAUGUUUAGAGCCAACUUUAACUUUCUUCAUUGGUAUUAUUAUCACGAUAAGAGCCUUUACAAAGUAAAAGAAUUAAAAUCAAUUAAAUUGUUAAUUGAUAAAUAUAAUAUAAGUUGCUUUAGAGCUUGUUGGGUCGAGGAGAAACGGCUGAUGUAUCAUAUUCGUCGACAAUAAAGGGCUCUCAUACUUUCACCUUAAAUUUUAUCAAACCGUGGUUAGGAUGGCAAGUUUACAAGAAUUCUGGAGUUUCGUUACGUCGAGUAUUAGAAAGUUUACCUUGGAAUCAGAGCAAUUUGACUGAGAACGCGUUAGUUUUGCAACAUGGGCAGGCUUUGAUGAACAAAAAGUUGUAUCACUUGCUCAAGCUUAACUUUGUAAGCUUUGCAUGGUUUUUUGAGAGGGAUAAAAUAACUGUAGAGAUUUUAUAUUGUAUUUUUUUAACUUUAGUUGUAGAAGUUCAGAAUCCUUGUUUAACUCAAUUUAUACUUUUUUUAGGCCUGGAGAACACUGUUACCGACGGAAAAAUCAGCAUUUUCAAUAAGAGAACAUGCGGGACAUACGACCAAGAUCUCAGUAGAAAACGUAUUGCAAUUUGAUAACCGUGACAGACCGAUACUGCCGAGUACGGGUGCUACAGUACGAUUGAUGAACGAAAUUGCAUCAUUUUUGGGAGAUUCUAGCUUUUUCCGAAGCGAAUUGUUAUUACAGGUAGGUAUUGGUGUUUGGGCGGUGAAUGCGGCAAUGUGGAGGGUGUGGUGAAUUUAUUUGCUAAAAAAUUGAAAUUUAAAAAAAAAUGGAGUUUCAAAGAAUCUUGAGAAAUAGGGCGCAGAAUUAAAUGAACGACAAAAUAAUUAUUUAAAUUAACUUAUAGGCAGCAACUAAGCUUCCACUAGGCUGUUUCUUAUCAGGAUCGAUAAACCUUCAAGCAGUGCAGAAUAUUGGCAACAGGACACUUCAUGUUCUGGAUAGGGUCUACUUAGGAGGUUCACAAGAUGUUCGAGGCUUUGAAAUCAACUCAAUCGGUCCAAGGUCGGACAAUUCGGUGUUGGGUGGCACUGCUGCAGCUGCUUUUGGAGCUCAUCUUUUCUUGCCAUUGUAUCCAAAAGAUGUGGUAAGAUCAAUUUUUACGAUUUUUAGGGGCGGGAGGAGGGGAGGGGAAGGAAAUGACUAUUUUUUGAUUUGUAAAGAAAUUUCUUGCCAUUUUUUGCUUUGUAACGAAAAUUCUUGCCAUUUUUUGUUUUGUAAAGAAAGUUCUUGCAAUUUUUAAAAAUAACUCAAAAAUUUUCAGUUCUACGCCCACGCCUUCACCACCGGAGGUACAGUAGCAGCAGUACGGUCGCGAGAAUGGAUAUCGGAUAUGAGUGAGACGAUGCGAGUGACAGCCGGUUUGGGUAUCACCGCCGUACUGAAGAACGUUAUUCGAUUUGAGUUGUCAUACGUAGUACCAUUGGCACAUGUCGGCGGAGAUCGUUGCGAAUCUGGCGUCUAUUUCGGUGCAGGCACCAGUUUCCUUUAG